UGCGGAAAGCUUCCAGAAGUCGGGGAGGUAGCAAAUUGGAGUGAUCGAGAUGAGCUGACGAGGCCUGAGGAGCGCAUCUGCUGCUAAUAUUGAUCUAGCUCAGCUGCAGUCGUGUUGGUCUUGAGGGAUUGUGACCUGGCCGAGGCAAGUUUGUAGGAUGACUGCGUUUGUGGGCAAUUGACGGUUCGUUUUCAUGCAGGUCAGCGUCGGCUUCGCUGCAGGAGGGGCGGCAACACCCACGAGCACCAGCUCGUCUCCUGCAGGCGUGGGUUACUCACGCACACGCAGCGUAACGAGGUCGCCUAGGCCGGCUAAUCCUGCUAGCAUUCGAGCCGGUAUGGCAUCCGAUCCGACGUGGUUCUCUAGUCGUCGCCCGCUAGUGCGUCUUUUUCGAACUUGUCUCUGCAGGAUCUCGCGACUACGAGGCCUUCAACCGGCGUGCUUUGUGCCCAGCUGCCCGAUCGGACUUGUUUGUUGCAGGGCCCACUGCCCAGGACGACCGGAGACGUGGGCCUUGGCGGCGGGUGGGGUGCCAGUGCCGCCGUGGGUUUGACGAAGACAAGCCGCUUCUCAAUAAUCAGCAGGAUACUGCUCAGCUG